GAGUCGAUGAGUUUGAUGGUCAGUGAAAUAAUACUGUGUAAUGACCUGCAGGUUUAUUUCAUCCAUUUCUACAUUUACGAUUUUCUUUCUAUUAAGUUUUAUCAUCAUCGUUAUCUUUGUAGAUGAAAGAAGUGUAAAGCCAGCUAAGAAACAGUUUCCAUACAAUGURUUGGUGGUGGUUUUGGUAAUUAUUCUUCUUGUGUGUGUUUGUGUUCUCAUUGCUGUCUGGAUAAACAAAUCAAGGAAAAGAGGAGAACAUAGCAUAAGUCAACGACGAAAAGGUUCUGUCAACAAUCUAGAUGUGGCUUUGGAUGUGCAAUAUAUGUAUGACCAAUAUCCAGARGARUUAUCUGAYCAGGGAAAURCAGUUGCACACGAUAACCUGGUCGAUAAUAAUUCAGUCCCCGAGAAACUUGARACAAUUAAGACAAAUAUCGAAGAGGCUGCGRAAAUCCAUGAACAGAAUCCUUAYGCUGUGUGUGAAACUAAAAAUGUAUAUAUCAAGGAAAGUGAUUUUCCAAAUAAAACACAUGAAGAAGACAAAGAAGAGGGCAAAGSUCAAAACGAAGAACAAGAAYUAACCGACAAGCCAGAUACAAAGRUCCUUACAACAUUUAUUACCAAAGUGGAAGAAGAAGAUGAUGUUUUUUAUGGUGAAGAGAUCGUAGAACAGCAGGGUAAUCUUACUACAGUAGACGAAAAGUCAUCAGAAAUAUUCACAUAUGCAACAAUUAGUGAAACUGAAACCAAGAAACCUGAUGAUGGAUUGUAUGCUGAAGUGAACGAUAAUAAUGAAGAAAAUGAAGAGCACGAUGUGACGUAUGCAGAGAUUGCUGAAUUCUCAGCCAACUCAACGGAGCCCGUUAAGAAACCGACUCCAUAUUACCCAACAGAAUACGCGAGUGUUACUGUUCAUCCGCUCAGUCCUAGAUUCAGUGACGACUAGGAAAUUAAAGAAAGACUCAACGGUGAAUUUUCUUAAGCUCAAACAAAUCAAUUAGCAACAGUUCAUUAUGUGAAUUGCAAAAAAAUUUCAUGAAUUCUGGAAAAAUCUCAUUAAGACCAAUAGUCCUCACCAGCAAACAUUGAGUGGCUUUCAUCAGGGCCGUAGCCAGAAGAUUUAUCGGGGGGAGCACAUCAAAUAAAAAACGGACCUAUGAGUAACAUUGCGACUCUCUUUCGUGAUUGAAAAAUGAAAUGCACUGAUGGUGGGGGAGGGAGGGGGGGUGCACGUGCACCUGUGCUCCCCCUAGCUACGGCCCUGUCCAUUAACCCACGAUAAGAAGGUUUAAUAGUCUCAGCCGGUGUAAUAAAGAUCUUGAUACACCGAAUAGACAAAGAAAACAUGAAAAUAGAGUAAUAGAGUAUGGUACUCUCAGUGUAUUUGGCGGGUUAUUUGAAAACUAUUCUAAUAAGAUCACUCUUCCUUGAGUGUAACAGUUUUGAUUUUUGUCUCAUUUUCACCAGGUAGAAAUUUAUCACGCUUUUUCAGAAAGCUUUAGCGUUGCAGAUUUCUAGCUAUAAUUUUGAUUCCAAAACAUUACCUUCCAAAAACGAAAUGCAUACUCAAGUUUAUGAUUGCGAAAGAGCGCCACAAUGGAGUUUAAUUAAAACACUUAGCUCAAUAGACGUAAAACGGUCCAAAAAUUUGGUAUGACCCGUAGAAUAAUGGCUGAGAAUAUUCACGAAUUUGUAUCGAGCCGCCCGUGUCUCCAAAAUGAUGCAAAAAUUUAGAUAUUAGCUAGUAGUUCUCGUUAAAUAAGAAUAAAAAAUAAACUAAACUAAA